AUCCCUGUAGUGUGUAAGAGUGCAUCAGGCAGUGGGGCUGAGCAGGACAGGGUCCUGGGACAGCCCAGCCAAGUGUCCUUUGCCCUGUGCCUGCCAGGCUGCUAUUCCCUGUUGGUGCGCUGUGGCAAGUGCUCUGCCUGGGCCUCAGUGACUGGCUACCACAUCCACCAGCUGGAUACUGGAUGACUUUACAUCUCACCCUGGCUCACCUUCCCCAGCCUGCACAACUUGGUGGACCACUACUCUGAGUUCAGCGAGGGGCUCUGCUGCCCCGUCUGCGAGCCCUGCCCCAUGGAAGGGCCAAGGGCGGCCCCAGCCCUCACAGUGCUCUCUGUCCUCAGGAAGCCAUCACUCCACUGGGACAAGACUGAGAGCUCCUUCCUGUUCUCGGAGAUCACAUCCCCACCGGAAGACUCUCCCAUCAGCCACGGCCUGAGGGAAGCCAUCAGCUCUUACCUGAUGCUCUCAGAGACUGACACCCCCGAGCCAGACCCCACAGGAAAGGUGGUUGUUAGAGAUGAGUAAUGUAAUAGUUAGCUCUCACAGUUAAGAGAUAGAUGUUGUGUGGGUGUAUAGUGAUGUUACUGUACUAUGUCCUCCCAUAGACCUCUUUUCCCUCCCCCUUGUGAUAGCCUUGGGUAGUGAGGGCAUUUGGGAGGGCCGGCUUGUUACCAGGAGGUGCAACAUGAGAACACCUGGCCUCCAAUCAAGAUGUAAGAAACUAUUCUCCACCAAUGGACGGCAGAGAUAGACUUGACUGACAAAACUUUGGGAGGAGUUAAGGAUAUAAAACGCAGAGCAUCCCUUUUUGUCGAUGAGAAUCUGGCUGUUAGUUACGGAGGCUCCCAGUACUGAAGUCUUUCAUUAUUCAGUCCCUUGUCGUAAUUUUUGUUAAGGUGUUAUGAAUGUGUCAAAAUUCAUGAGAAAAUAAAAUUAUAUAAUGAAUGUAAUAUAGAUCUGAAAAAUAAUAGAACAGGUUAAGAGUAGCUAUGAAAAAUUAAGGGUCUAUUUUUUUAUCACAGGAGGCUUGCCCAGGCAAGUUCCCAAAAAGCUGAGGGAGAUGGCUUGCAGGGGUUGGGAAACCUGUUGUCAUACACAUACCACACAUACCCUGACUACAUUUACAUGUGAAGAAGGGGAAGUGGCACAGGAUUUCAGAAAUUUUAACUAAGAGUCAGCCAUUAGUGGCACACCUGGCUGCAGAUAGCCAGGGGAGAUGAUAUAUCCGAUGGUAAUCCAUUCAGACCUGUGGUCCGUUUCUGGGAAAUCCAUUCACAUGCAUGAGCACCAACAGGAUGCACGAACCUCACCCAACACCCAAGGGAGAAGGAAGCAGAGGCUGCUCAGGGAAGGAGCCCUGCAUGCCCCACAGGCUGCAAUGGGGCCCCUGGCAUCUGUACUCCCACAGCAGAAGAGAGACGAUAGAAAUGUUCAAUAAGCCAAAUCCUGGCCCAGGUGAAGGAACAGCCCAAGCCUAUUGGACCUCCCAAGUUCAAGCACAACUGUUUUAGGGGCAUGGGUGUCUGUGCAGGCCUGUGAGCAGCAGCAGAAAGGCCUCAGAGCAGCCACACUUAUGAGUCUCUACUUCAACAGACUCUUAUUAGCAAAGCUGGAGCUUCCUCUAUGGCUAGAGGUGGUGCAGAAGCAAUUUUGCUGCUUGGCAGUCCCUCUCUUCCUUCCCUCUCUGCGCCUUUAGGGCGGUGCAGCAAGACCUGCCCCUAACCCAAAAGCUGCAGGUGUGCCCUGGUUGGACAUGCUCCAAUCCCUUCCUCGUUUUCCUGUCUGAUAAGCUCAAUCUUGCAACUUACCAUAAUUUUGUUUCCUUCUCCACCCAGAGCUUUAUAGACCUGCUCAGCCCCAGCCUCCUGCCCAGGUGGCCUCAGCACAGAACAGCCUGGGGUUUGUCCCAGGCUUGGUCCUGCUGUUGUCACACUUGGGGCCCCAAGGUAACUCAGAGGAGUUUCACAUGGUUUAUUUUUGCUACUGACCCAUGUUGUGUGAACCAACAUGGCUCUUGGGUUCCUCCCUCCAUCACCAAUCUGCACCCAGGUUGUUGGAUGCAUUUACACAAAAGACCACAGUCAAGAGCCUGCUGCUCUGCCAUUUGGAACCUGGAGCCAGGUAAAAUGGGACAGAUGUGGUUGUAAAGGCUUUUCAAAGCCUUCUCCAUCGCCAGCAGGCUCUGGGCCCUCCAACUUCACUGUCCUGAAAAUCUCCUUGUCCUGGGCCACUCAUGCUAGGAAAUGUCUUCCCAGGGCACUGCCAGGCCCAUUCCCUGCCUCUUAUGGCUGAAUGCUGCAGCCUUUGAACAUCACCGGCCCGAAGCAGAUUUUAACAGACAGCUGAAGCACGGAGCAGGUCCAACAGCUAACAAGAGUAGCAGUGCUCCACCAGCCAGAGGAGAGCAGAGCAAGGAUGCUGACCAUAGGGCUACUCUCCCUGGCAGUGCAGGACAGGGAUGCUGAAGGCUCUGAAGUGACAGAACAAGCCCCAGCAAGACCACAAGUGCUAGGGCAGGGAAGGACCCAUCAGCUACCCCAGCCACUCCAGCAUGGGCAGCUGUGAAGACACAGCAGGUCUUCCCCAGUGGUGUUCCAAGUGCCCAGGAUCCUCAGAGGGAAGAGGAGCUUCCCAGCUGCUCCCCAGUGUUCAGGCUACCUUGCAAUUGUGGCCACUUAGGCCAGAUCAGCCACACCGUGGGCAGCACAGACCUCCCCACGAGCCACGUCACCACUUCCUCUGGAGUGACAAGUGUUACAAACUUGUCCCAGGAGAUGGAGUAACCUGGAUUCUUGUUAAUAGAUACCUUGGGGUGGAUUAGAAUGAAAUGAUACUGAAAUGCUCAAUGUGUAUAAAUAUAUGUACACAGGGUUUAUUUUUUAACAAUUUGGCUGCAAAGGAAAGCAGAUAUGUAGCUGUUUUGAUUAUUAUCUAUAGUAAUAUAACAAUAUGAAAGCAUUGCAAGAUUGUCACUGAAACUGUAGGAAUAAAAGAAACUCUCGAGUACCAUCUUUCAAGUGUUAGAGAAUCAGGCAUUACUUUAUUCCAGACAGGAUGUGCAGUAGAAAUCAUUCCAGCUCAUCUAGUUAUUUGCUAGACUUUUCACAUAUUUAUACAUUUAAAAGCUAAAUAAAUUCUCAUUCAUUGGGUUCUACGUUAUACAAUUCUCAGUAUUCGAUCUCCUAUUGGAUCUCUUAACCUUCAAUGCUAAUUUACUCCUCAUUCUUUCAUUCUCUUAUCAAUCUUUUUCCAGAUCAGAUGACUCCAGCCUAACAAGGGCAUAUUUGUUUAUCUUCUCUGUAUCUUCUUGCUACUCCCAACCUGCAGAUGUUGAUUUUUGUUGACUGAAGCCUAUCAGGCCUCACUGAGCGAAAUUCAAACUCUCAGUGAGUAGUCUUUUGAAGAGAAACCUCAAUUCCACCCCCCUCCCCUGACCCCUCCCUUCCCCUUUGGCAAAGGUAAUCAAACACAUGACUUAAGUUACUUCAAAAAUUGUAAAAGUUACAUAAUUUCCAACAACAUAAAACUACAAAAAUAUCACCCAAGGACACGUAUAAGGGAAAAGAGAAAAUGGGAGGGAGGGAGGGAGGGAGGGAGGGAGAAGGUGAAAAUCUCACCACCCAGUCAGCCUUCGAUGAGUCUUGAGAGUUGGAGCUUAGCAUCUUUCCCUGCAGCAGCAUUUGCUGGGAUCAAAGGGAUUUUGAGGAGCUGCAAAGCAGGGAAAGUGUCUUCAUCAGCUCAGAGCUGUCUGUGCAAAGGACACGGCUGCGCCUGGAGCCCAGACUCAGAGCAGCAUCCACCCAACCCUCACCCCAAGGGCACAGAAACCACCUGUUAGGAGCCGGUCCUUCCCUGGUGUCCUUUGUCAUGUCUGUAUCAAGCUCCAUGACUUACUCACCAAGUCACCAGUUUGGAAGCCCUGAAGGUACACAUAGCUUCCACUCCCAAGUCCAUGCAGCCCCUCAGAAUUGGGUAUGGAGCAUUGCAACACUCCAUGGCCCCUUCCAGCCUCUCCUUUCAAACACCCCAAUGGCACACAAGCACCACCAGCAGGAAAACUCUGCAGCAGGACAGAAUGAAUCCCAGUUUUGCUGGUUUGUUCUCAGUUUUUUCUGUCUGCUUCUAUGUUGUAAAAGGAAAAAAAAAAGUGGUAUUUACUGUUGAACUGUUUUCAAUAGGACCUUGUUCUGAGUUACUCACAGCAGGUAUUACCCAGACAAGAGCUGCACAGAGUUUUUCACCUUCACAAGAACUGCUGUGCAAUCAGAAGGGUUAGCACAAA